AUGGUCGGCAAGACCCACGACGUCGGCGGCUCCGGGCAUCAGUCGAGGGGCAGUGAAGACAGCGAGGGCCAUGGCGGGCUACGAGAGAAGCUGAAGCAUACGAAGCUGUAUGACGUGAAGGUAGGCGCCAUUCACCUCAAGCAUCGCCUCGGCAAGUUCCAAAAUCUGGUCAACCAGAACCAUCGGCACGACGAGGAACAUGAACAGGAAACCGAUGCCAAGCGGACCAGAGUUGCGGAAGGCCAUCGAUUCCAGUCUUUUGCUCCAGAGCGGGAAGGCAACAAGAUCAAAUGGUAUAUCGACGGCCGCGACUACUUCCAUGCGGUAUCGGUUGCGCUGGAGCGAGCCAAAGAGGUCAUCUACAUUGCGGACUGGUGGCUUAGUCCUGAACUAUUCCUGCGCAGACCACCGUACCACAACCAAGAAUGGCGACUUGACUACACCCUCAAGCGCGCAGCAGAGCGAGGAGUCAAGAUCUAUGUGAUCGUGUACCGCGAAGUUGAACACGCCUUGACCUGCAAUUCGCAACACACGAAGAAGGCAUUGAGUUCGCUAUGUCCAGAGGGAAGCCCCGGAUACGGAAAUAUCAAAGUGAUGCGGCAUCCUGAUCACAACGUCUUCGAGAAUGCCUCUGAUAUGACCUUCUACUGGGCGCAUCACGAGAAGUUCAUCGUGAUCGAUUACGAUCUGGCUUUCAUUGGCGGUCUGGAUCUUUGCUUCGGAAGGUGGGAUGAUCGACAGCACCCUCUCGCCGACGCACAUCCCUCGGGUGUGCAGAAUGAGGUCUUUCCGGGCCAAGACUUCAACAACAACCGAAUCAUGGACUUUCAGAGUGUGCAGGAUUGGAAGAGCAAUGAGGUCUCCAAAGCAGAGUAUGGACGAAUGCCAUGGCACGACGUGGCAAUGGGCGUUAUUGGACCUUGCAUCUACGAUAUCGCAGAGCACUUUGUGCUGAGGUGGAACUUCUGCAAGCGUGACAAGUACAAACGAGAUGAUCGUUACGAUUGGCUGACUCUUACCGGUCGGAAUGGAGAGGACGAGGAUCUCAUUGGAGUCCAGAGGCCUAAGCAUCCAGUGGGAGAAUACGUCAAUCAUCCGUUUUCACCUUUGGAGCACAAGCGAGGUAAUCCACUACAGGGUAAGUUUUGUUAUGAUCCAGGGCAAGCUAGCUCGGAGGCUGACGUUUCUGGAGAUGACGAGUUCCACGAUGCGCAGCAGACAAUCGAUGAGCACGGCUAUACUGAAGACCAGCAUGCUUUCGGCCAUGGAUUGAAGAAAGAAUGGGAUCAGCGAGGAGGCGUGCACAUGCACCAUGUCGGCAAGGAGACCCCCGAAACUCACAAAGACGGCGUCCAACGUCAGGAGAACUCGAAGAUGACUGGCAACGAUGCCAAGAAAGAAGGUACUGUGAGCGCUUCGGGCGGUGUUUACGAGAAACGCAAGGGUUAUCCUUCUGAGAAAGUAGACCAAGGAACGGUCAAGAUAGACUACGGAACAAAUGGGUCGCAGGGCACGGUGCAUGCCCAGGUCGUACGCUCCUCAGCAGACUGGUCAUCCGGAAUUCUCACCGAGCAGAGCAUUCAGAAUGCUUAUUGCCAGGUAAUCCGCGAGGCAAAACACUUUGUCUACAUCGAGAACCAAUUCUUCAUUGUAAGUUUACCGAAAAUUGAGGUGGACGUCUCAUGCUCUUGAAAUGUGCUAACAUACCGUGCUUGAAUGUAGACGGCAACCGGCGAGGAACAAGCACCGAUACACAAUCAGAUUGGAGCAGCUAUUGUCGAUGCCUGCGUGAAAGCUGCGGAGGAAGACCGGAAGUUUCGCGUCAUCAUCAUGAUUCCAUGCAUUCCUGGGUUUGCUGGAGAUCUUCGAGACAACGCAGCAGCUGGCACGCGGGCGAUCAUGGACUACCAGUACAAGUCUAUCUGUCGAGGUGACCACAGUAUCUAUGGCAGGAUCAAGGCCGCUGGUGUGGACCCGGCCAAGUACAUCUAUUGCUUCAACCUCCGGUCAUAUGAUCGUCUUAACAAGACGCCAGAGUUGAAGAAGCAAGAGGAAAAGACGGGCGUCGACUAUCAGGAGGUACAGCGUGCAAUGGCUGAGGAGAUCAUGCCCGAGCAGGUGCAUGCAAGUGAAGGUGUUGAAGGCGCCGGGUCCAGCGGAUUCAGGAAAGCGGGCAAAGAGGGAGGCGUGAAGGGUCUCUUCAACAAGACACGCAGAACGAGCAUGGACCUGGACGAGGAGGACAAGGUGCAUCCCGAGGAUCCCAAUGACGACACCCAAGCUCUGAUGGAGAAGAAGAGGAGAUUUGAAGAGCAGCAACAUCCGCAUCAGGAUGAGUACGAGUUCAGUAACGACUCGAUUGCGAAAGAUGCCAUGCUUGGGGAGAAGAAGCCCAGUCAAGAAGGAUAUGCGGGACGAAACUCGGACGGUACGAGGAAAGGGGAGAGUGAGCACGACGACGAGUUACGACAACAAGAGCUGGAGAACUUUGUGCAGGAGGAGCUGUACAUUCAUGGAAAGGUGAGUCCAGGUUUGCGACCUACUCGUUGCAGGUCCUCUUCGGUACAGGUGGUAGCUGACGAUGGUCCUCUAGGUUCUCAUUGUCGACGACCGCAUCGUCAUCUGUGGUUCCAGCAACAUCAAUGAUCGAAGCCAAUUGGGCUUCCACGACUCCGAGUUGAGUAUCGUCAUGGAGGACACAAUGCCACUUCAAUCCAUCAUGAACGGACAAGAAUUCCGCGCCGGACACCACGCAGCAAGUCUCCGGAGGAUGUUAUGGCGAGAGCACUUGGGCCUGCUACCAGCUCAAAAGCUGAACGCCGAAGACGACAUCAACGCGCAGCCCCCCGACGACGGAGACAACGAAUGGUUCGCGGGCGACGAGUACGACAAGUUCGUCGAGGACCCUCUCUCCGACGAGCUCUGGGACGUGUGGACCAAGCAAGCGACCGUCAACACGGCCGUCUUCCGACAUCUGUUCCACGCCGACCCCGACGACAACGUCAAGACUUUCGAGGAUUACGACAAAUUCUUGGGCGCUAAGGGGUCGCGGAAGACGGGACAUGUGUAUGAUGAAUUCCAGCCCGUGGAAAUCGUGCGACAGGAGCUGGAUAAGAUCAAGGGCCAUCUGGUCUGGAUGCCGUUGAAGUUCCUGGAGGAUGCCGCCGAGAUGGCGGAGAAGGGGCUGCUGGUGAAUUCCAUGACGGAGAGUGGUUAUACGUAG